GUAUCCUUUCCUGCCCUGUGUGCAAACAGACCUGCUUUGCAAGGGAUGUAGUUGAGAAUUUCUUCCUCAAGGACUUUCCCAGUGGUGAUUCAGCUAUGGCAAAGAGCUGCUCCAUGUGCAAAGAGAAGAGACCUGCCCACAGCCUCUGCACAAGAUGCAAUAAGUGGUUGUGCAGCUCCUGUACAGAGGAGCACAGACAUGGCAAGGAACCUGGGGAACGCUUCCUGUCUGUAUCCCUGAAAGGCUGCACAGCAGCUGAAGACGAAGCAAGGGGGUUUUCCUUGUUUUGUGUGGUGCACCCCCAGGAGGCACUGAAGGUGUUUUGUGAGACCUGUGACACCCUGACCUGCCGCAGCUGCCUCCUGGCAGAGCACAAGGAGCACAGGUUCAGGCACCUUGAGGAAGCUCUGCAAAACCAGAGAAUUAUCCUGGAGAAUGUCAUAACUAAGGUGGAGGAGAAAAAAAAUGGGAUUCAGGUUUCAGCUAAACAGAUUGAAGACAGGUUGCUUGAAGUAAAACAUCUAUACAAAAAGGUGGAAAGCCAAAUUAAAAUGGCCAAGAUGGUUCUGAUGAAUGAAAUUGAUAAACGAACAAAUAUCCUCCUUGAACAACUGGAAAAGAUCACCAGCGAGAGGAAGCAGAGGCUGGAGCAGCAGCUGCAAGAUGUUGUGGUUUUAGGCAGACAGGUGGAACACGUCCAGAACUUCAUCAGCUGGGCUGUGUGCAGCAAAAAAACCAUCCCAUUCCUCUUCAGUAAGGAACUGAUUGUGUUUCAGAUCCAGCGCUUGCUGGAGACAAACUGCAACACAGACACGGGCCCUCCUCUGAAGAUCAGGUUCACUUGGGAUCCCUCCUACUGGACUAAGCAACUCUCCAAUUUGGGGGGUUUCACGAUGGAAGGUGGACACCUGUCUCACCCAGAUGUGCUUCUCUGUGGGAACAUCCAAGGGCUGCAGCCCCCUCUGUUCCACGGGCUCCCCUCCCCAGCCCCACAGCUGGAGAGCAGCCAGCCACACCAGUUCCCACCAGCGCUGCAGUGCUCCGCUCCGCCGUGCUGCUCCCACUGCCUCAGCAUCCCUCACCCAGGCAAGGCCCAGCCCUCCUACCAGGACAUCCACCACCACAAGGCCUUCCACCAGCCUCCUGCCCUUCACCAGCAGCACUUCCCCCUGCAGUACAGCCUGCAGCAGCAGGACAGGGAGCCCCGGGGUACCCCCCAGCCCGGGAAGGUGCCGCAGGCUGAGCCGCAGCCGCGCUCGGAGCCGGAGAGCGUGUCCGGGAGGCUGGCAAAGCCAUUCCCGCCCCAGCAGCUGCCCCAGGGCUGUGCUGCUGGGCCCCACGAGGCUCAGCAGGCUCUCAGCAUCCACCCCCAGGCUUCCCUGCAGACAGCAGCUGUGGGAGCGCAGCUGGGCCACCUGCAGAAGGUGAAAUCCAGCCACGCGCUGCAGCCGCCCCCGCAGGUGCCGCUGGCAUCGCCCCAGCCCGGGCACGACGAGAGCGCCCACAAACAAGUGAUCCAGCAGAGCCUGGACAUCAUGCACCACCAGCUUGAGCUGGAGGAGAUGAAGAAGGAUCUGGAGCUUCUCCUGCAGGCCCAGGGACAGCCCAGCCUGCAGCUGAACCAAGGCAAGGCGCCCCAGCACCUUCAGCAGACUAUAGUUGGUCAGAUCAACUACAUAGUGAGGCAGCCAGCCCCAGCACAGCAGCCUGUCCCAGAGGAAGCACAGGCCUGUGAGGGCUCCACAGAAGCUGAUGCCCAGAAGCCUGUCAUUCCUCUGGACAAAAGUGACAGUCCCUCCUUGCCACAGUCACUAGAUGAAGAAGUCGGUGUCAGGAGCCACUCCCCUGAGAGCACCCUGCAGCAAUCAAUUUUCCAUCCAGUGAGAAAGAGUUCAGCAUCUUUAAGCCUUGUGGGCUUUCCAAACAGCACAGAAAUGGAAUUACCUCCAGUGAGGUUAUCCGGCUCGGCCGACCCGCAGGUGAAAGGUGCAGCCCCUGUGACACUUGGCCCGUCCCCAGACGCCCUCUGUGAGUGUGACACUGCACCAGAGCCCCUGCCCAGCUACAGCCUGGCGCUGGGCAGGGCUCCCAGUGACCCUGGGGCUCCUGCUGGCCUCGCACCAGGUGAUGCACUCCAGGGAGGCGCUAAAUGCAAGCUAGAAAAUGAAGACCUCAGUGAUGUGGAUUGUCUUCUAGAAAACAGCUUUGCUACUGCUGGGCAAGAGGUAGUUAAUGAAUUAACUCUUUCUAUGCAAAAAGUGAUGGAAGAACCUAUUAAUCUUUCAAUCAAAAAGUCUCAGCAUCGCACUUCUCCUUCUGAACUGCUCAGCAACACUUCUUUCCUGCCUGUGAAUGCCAGAAUGAGACAACCUAGAAGCAAGGAAGAUUCCAGUAACUGUGAAAAGGAACAUUUUGAAAUGGAUAUGAAAAGCAAUCAGAAUGUCAGGGCUGCCCCCAAGGAGCAGAAGAUCCCCUAUGUGAGACUGGAACGUCUGAAGAUAUCUGCCUCGGAGGUGGGGGAGCUGCCAGUGUUUAAACUCCAGCCCCAGGACAACGAGCAGGAGGGCAAUUUCCUCCUGGUGAUUGAGUGUGGGACACGGUCCUCAAGCAUGUCUAUAAAGAUAAAUAAAGAUAGUCCAGCUGAAGGACAGAAGUCCAAAGAGGAGAACUCAGAGGACAGGAGAUUUCUCAUCUCCCAGGCUGCAGGACAGACACAAUCUCCAUCUGUUGAUCAGAAGCUCAGCAAUGGCAUCUCCAGCAUGAAAAAAUCCCCAGUAACUGAGGAAGUCAGUCCAAUUGAAAAUGAGGAUUUCUGUGCUGUGUGUCUUAACGGAGGGGAGCUGCUGUGCUGUGAUCACUGCCCCAAGGUCUUCCAUCUCUCCUGCCAUGUUCCAGCCCUGCUCAGCUUCCCAGUGGGGGAAUGGGUGUGCUCUCUUUGCCGUAACCCAGCGAAGCCAGAGGUGGAAUAUGACUGUGAAAACACACGCUACAGCCACAGCUACAAUGCACAGUAUGGCCUUGGGGACUGUGACCAGAAGAAGUGUGAAAAGCUGGUGCUUUCCCUGUUCUGCAGCAAUAUGAGCCUCCCAUUCCAUGAACCUGUCAGUCCCCUGGCUAGGCAUUAUUAUCAGAUCAUCAAAAGGCCGAUGGAUUUGUCCACCAUACGAAAGAAGCUGCAAAAGAAGGACAAGUCCCACUAUUCUGCACCUGAGGAACUUGUGACUGACGUGCGUCUCAUGUUUUGGAACUGUGCAAAGUUCAAUUACCCAGACUCCGAGGUUGCCGAGGCUGGACGAUGCCUGGACGAGUUCUUUGAGGACAAGCUGAAGGAGAUCUACCCAGACAGGCAUUUCCCCUCGAUGCAGCAGGAUGACUCUGAUUCUGAAGACGUGGAGAGCCAGACCAGCCAAGAGCCCUGCCGGGAUUUCCAGUGGCCGUCGUACGGGCAGGAGUGCGUGCAGCCCAAAAGGAAACGGCGCCACGCUGAAAGUGAAAAAACUAAAAGAAUGACGUUUCAGCCAGCUAACAGCCUUCCUCAGGUAUGACCUCCCCAAGAUAUGAGAUUUGAGGAAUCCAGCAGCAUGACUGGCAGAGUUAAGGUGUGUGGGAGGAAAACAAAGCACUCGGGUGGUUUAUUUAAACUCUACUAUUCUGCUGACCAUAUGCCUUAUUUCUAGAUCUUGUGCAUAGACAACAGAUCCAAAAUGUUUA